AUGAACUCCCUAAUCGGUGAAGAUGUCGGAGGAGACUACAGCCUCCGCGACCGGCAGUUGAGCGUCGUCAUACUGCUGGUGGUGGCUAUCGUGGCCGGUUUCGUUCGCGCUCUACGGCGCAUCGUCAACAUCCCUGUGGUGGCCGUCGUCGUGGCGAUUGGCUUCGUCGCCGGUCGCUUGGUGGGCAAGUACGACCUCAAGGAGAAACUGCUGCCGGUCACUGACGCGCAGAUACGGGAACUGCUGUUUCUCUAUAUGCCCGUGCUCAUGUUCACGGCCGCCUUCAACCUGCGUCACCAUCUGUUCAAGCAGUGCUUCUGGCAGUGCGUGCUGAUGGGCUUCGGGGGUCUCGUAUUCAGCACCAUGCUCUUCAUGCUGUACAUGUCAGGCACCCGUGAUGCCGAAAAGCAGAACCUGGCGGAGACCGUGCUCAUCAGCCUGCUCACCUGCUGCGCCGAGCCCAUGUUCGUAUCGGACCUGGACGUGCUCUCAACGGCUCGCUCCCACAUCCUGGAGACGAUCGUCAUGGGUGAACCGUUGGUCGGAGUCACUUGCCUGUGGAUGGCAUACCGGUUCAGCACUUUACCUGGAAAACUCACCAUCUACUCCUUCCUCAAUACGGUGGUAUGCACACUGUUCGUGGGGCCAAUAUUUGGCAAGAUAUUCGGUCGCGUACUGGCUAUGGCCACGAUCGCUCUGUCUCAAGAUUUGCCCGUCUCUUUCAUCGUCAACGUCACCAGCGUGGUGGCCACAUGGGCGUUUGCCGAGAGGUUCCUGUACGGUGCCGGUAUCACCACGGUCGUCUCGAUGGGUCUCACUGCCAGCGCCCACUCGGCGGCUACCGUGCACAACCCAGUGGUGCUCAGGAAGUUCUGGAUGCUCGUGAGGUACGGCUACAACGUCGUCAUCAUCUUCCUUUCGGCGUACCGAAUCGGCCGCGACACGCGUGAGUACCUUGGCUGGCACGAGAUCAUGAGUCCCAUCAACGCGUACGUGGCGAAGAUCGGAGUGCGCUUUGUGACCACUCUCGUGCUGUAUCCGCUGCUAGCGUCUGUGGGGUACGACCUGAACUGGCAGCAAUGCCUGAUAGUGGCGUGGGCGAACUUCAAGGGCGCCCUCAUGAUCGCCCUCGACCUGACCAGGGCCUUCCCCACAGUAAACCUCGAGUUCGCGCUCAAAGAACAGUUUAUUCGCAUGGGCACUAUGUUCCUUGUCCAAGUGCUCAACACUACCACGCUGCCAAAGCUAAUGUCAAUGCUGGGACUGCUGUCGCUCUCGGAAGUAGAGAGGGCCAACAUGAACAUGGUGAUCAUGGCGCUUCGCAACACGUCUCGUGCGUCGACAAAUUUUCAGCGUCGUGACAAGAAGUUCUCGGGAGCCGACUGGAAGUGGGUCCAAAUGCACACCUAUAUCGACAACCCGUACGCUGGUGCUGAAGAGGAAGAGCGCGCUGAACAGACGGACUCUUACGUUCCUGCUCGCGUAUACCGGAAUGCUGCCGCGAAGAAGGCGAGUGGUUGCAUUCUAAGGUUGCAGAAGGUCUGCUACAACAAGCAGUACGAAGAUGGUAUGAUCCAUAACAAGACAAAAGCCACAAUUUUGGCGGCCCUGCAGUAUCCGUUGGAGAAGGAAGGCUAUCUCGACUACGCCAUGAUGAAACCCUUCAUCACCGUCCCUGAAUGGAUCUACCGACUGAAGGAUCUCGUGCAGCGUUUUGCCGGUAACGAGGCCAUCGAAAAGCGUCACACCCGAUCCAGUCGUUCGCGUACUGAUGAAGAAGAGGACGACAUAGAAAACGUGACCUUGCUUUCCGCUAUGCUGAAGGAAGGUUGGUACCACGUACUCGUCGGCUUUGUGGCCCUUGGUUUCGUGCUUCUACUGAGCGGCCUGGCUCUGUUCAUGGGCAAAAAGAAUACCGAACCAGCGCACCACGAGCUGCUUCUUUCCAUUGUCACCUCUGUGCAGGGCGUCUAUGUCCUGCUCUACUCUCUCGAGAUGGUGCUGCUCGUGUACAAUGUCGGCAUGCUUCGCGUAGGGAGAGACGUCUGGAAACAAUUGGACGUCAUAAUGUAUUUCCUCGUGGUCGCCGAGUUCGUACUCAUCAGCAUGGCUUCCGUGCAGAGUGAAAAGCCGGGAAAAGUGUACCCCAUUGUCUUGCAGGUCAGCUUCAUUACGCUGGUCUCGUGCCGUAUCGUCAAGACCCUGCAGAAGCGCGUGGUGCUGUUCGUGUGGAUAUGGGACGUACUAGACGGUAUCCUGAACCGCAAGCUGUUCUACGCGUACGACUUGAGCUGGGCGUACAUCACGGCGGAGGAUGAAGCCAUGGCAAAAGUGUUCCGCUUUGUCACUCAGCCGCACCUGGCCGUCGCCAUACGCGAGAACAGUGGCUACAACAAGCUGCAGACGCUGAAAAACGUCGUCGACAUCCAGCAGCGGUACCCAAACAUCGAGGUCGCCACCAAGACACGCCAGGCGGCGCGCAGGAUCCUCAACAAAGCGCUCGAUGGCCUGAAAGAACUGCAUGAGGGUGGUCUGCUGGAUGACAAACAGUUCGGCCUGCUUUUCGGGAACCUGUCCUGGAUGAUCCAGCGUGCCGACGGGAUGCCAACCAACGUCGUCGUGGGGAACGCGGCGUUUAACACGAUGCUCAGCGUCCCUUGGCUAACGCAUGACGUCGUGCCCAGACUGCUGCAGUCCUUCUACCAGUACCUGAAGGAAGGCGAGCCCCUUGUGGAAAAGAACAACAUGCAUGAGUGCGUCUUCAUCAUCUGCUCGGGCAUCGUGCGUGUGAGCGGAUGCAACGAGGAACCCUGGGCAAACCCAGUACACCUGGCCAACUCGGAUUCGACGCACUUCUACUUCUGCGAGGGCGCCUUCCAGGACUAUCUGGUAGCUCCGGACACGCUCGGACUUCUGGGCUUCCUGACUUCUAAGCCUUCUGUGUGCCAGUGCGUCUGCGAGACGGACGUCGAAAUGUGCUGCAUCCCCAUGGAAGAGAUGACGUCACUGGUGGAGCAGUACCCUGAGGCGCCGUGCCUCGUGUAUCGUAUGUGGUUCAGCGUCGCCAUCCGCGUGGGCCUGGCUGUCCUCGUCAAUCAGAAGCGGUACCAGGAAUGGACACACGACAAGCUGAAGCGGUUCCUGGAGAACGGGAUCAUGCCCAACCUGUACUACGCCAUCGACUUCGCGCUCGACGAGGCGGUGUUGGACGUGAUCUUGAUCCAGGGAGUGGUCCAGUGCUCGAAGACGCAGGAUCUCUACACCGGCCCCACGUACAUCCCGAGCAACGUGCGAGAGAUGAACCUGCCGGGAAGCCCCUCGGUACGCGCGCGGCCCAUCAUGCUCAUCACCACGAUCAUGCGCUACCAUCUGCCGAGUGACCUGGACUGGUUCCACCAGCCGCUCACUCACUACGACUACAAGAAGCCGCGAGCUUUUUCCAUGGCAGUCUCUCGCCCCGGCUAAGAUCAAGUUCAUUGCCCCCGGACUCACUUCCUCCUUGAUACCGUCAACGCCACGUCACUCUUCAUCUAUCAAUCACUUCACAAGCUUAGACGACUUUAGAAAGCGCGCAUCGAACGUGUACGAACUCGGACAAACGGGUCAUUUCGAUUCUUCGCCCAUUUCCGUAACCGCAACAGCGCCACAUUAUUAUUUUAUAUAAUCGCGCCCGUAUAAUCGUUGCACUAGUGCCGGAAAGGUCUUGCUGUUCACUCACUUUGCCUGCACAAAAGUGACUAGUGAACUCUCGUGCCGACAGCGUAAUUGCCAACUUGCAGCUGUUCCGAAUCAGUCGGCCUCAGCGAUAAAUACGCGGGUGUUUCUGA